AUGGGAGUGGUAAAGCCUUUCAAGUGUCCCGAGUGUAGUAAGCCGUAUGGAAGUCAGUCAGGCCUGAGGGAGCACGUCAAUACCGCUCAUAAGAACAAGAGACAUCGAUGCCCGUACGGAUGCGGAAAAGAAUACACUCAAUGGAAUGGGAUGAAUGCACACGUCAAGGCCGAACAUGAGAAUACUGUCUACCCAUGCCCAUACAAAGAAGAAGAGGGAUGCAAGGUCAAAGACUUCAGACAAAAGCGGUCUCUGGAUGACCACAUAGCCAAGAAGCACCAGGGAAAAGAAGGGAACUCUUACAAAUGUCCUGACUGUCCCAAAAAGUAUACCCAGUCACAGUUUGGCGAAACACGUCAAGGCAACGCACGAAGGCAUUUUGCUACUCCCGACGGAGUUAAACAGCACGUCAAAGCUAUUCACGAGGACUGGCCACGCUUCCCGUGUCGAGCCACCGGCUGUACGCAAACAUUCAAGCGUGAGGAUUACGCCACAAGUCAUUAUAAGCGCGUCCAUGUCGAUGAUCCCUUACCGUACAGCUGCGGCUUCUGUGGUAAGAAGUUUCAGUUCCUUCCCAGCAAAAAUGCACACGAGGAGAAACACACACAGCACGCCUGUCCAAGGAACAGCUGUUAUCAAGGGUUCAAUUCCAUUGAAGAAGCCUUGGAGCAUGCGAAGGAUCCCCAACAUCGCAGCGAUCAACAGUUAUACGAAUGCCCGAUCAAGAAUUGUCGCCUCGCAAUCAUCGGCAAGGUCCUAGACAAGCCUUCUCUGGUAAAGCAUUGGAAUAUGCACAUCAAGCGGGAACACAUUUCCGGUGAGCUUGAGUUGGUCCUCAAAGAUGCAAAACAGCCGCCUUUCCGAGACAUUCCAAUUCUUGGUUCGAUACUGGCAAACAACCACUCAAUCCUCUUGGCGUCUGCUUCACUCGACAACGCUAUGAGGGGGGGGGACGAAGAGGAAGACGAGAUCUUGAUUAGUGACGACAAGGAUAUCAAUAUCCUUGAGCAAAACAAAGAUUGGUGGGAGUCGCACAAAGAUCACCUCGUUUCCUUCAAUGCCAGGGGUUACAAAUGCGCCGGACCGGCCCUUGAAACGACGCAUUUCAUUGUUGGGGGCUGCCCCGUAGGCGCAAUAAUUGAUUUCGACACAGCAUUGAUGAGACGCAGUCGGGGCAGAAGGCUCCCGACCAUGUCGCUCGAUAGUCGGUGUGCGAGCUGCCACUCAGAGAUGAGGAUUAGACAGUUGAUCAAACGAUUCGACUCUCCCAAGCUCGACCCGAAAGGUGGUCUCGGUGCCCUGACCGAAACGUUUGCCACCGCAAUAUCAAAAACCUGGACAUGCACCAAGGAUUACGAACGGCGAGUUCAGCAGCCAGUUCGGGAACAAUCGCACCGAAAAGUUGUCAUCAUUGACAACGAGUUCAACCCGAUUACGCACGAGCUGUAUGAAACAGCCAUUAUUGAUCGGGUUUCUGGCGAGUCACUCUUGAACACUCUGAUCGUUCAUACCGAAGAAACAAAGUCGACUGUUUCCACCCGGCGUACACAGGGAGAGCGGGUCGAUAUUAUCAGUCAUCUACACAGGAAAAAGGUGUACGCUCGAAGCCGCGGAUUGGCACGGAUGGACGUGCACGAAGUCGCGAAGAGGUUACAAGAAUCCGGCAUUGCACCAGAGACAAUAUUUCUGGCCUGGCAUGUAUCAUGCACUGACCUUCAGCUUCUCAGAAACUUUUUGGCCAAGGGGGGAUACCACAAUAUCUUGCCCAAAGACAGAAAUUGUUUCCCUUUGAUCCCUCUCUUCCGCGCCAACGUGCCUAAGGGGUGUUUCCCUUUACGUCUUGAGGUCGUAUACCCCGUAAUGUUCCCACGGAGCGACUUGUGUGGGCUCAACCACCGAGCUGAAAUCGACUGUCAACAAACCCUCCGGGUUUGCAAUGGCUUUGAUGAUUUUUGUGAGCCGGUUGAGAGCCGUGGUAAGGAAUGGCGGCCUGCUAGAUUCGAGAAGGAAGCCCAGCGCCUCAUCCGGGAUUACUUUGUUUAA